AUGGUUUGGCCUUUUGAAUCACGAACUUCGACGAGAGAUGAUCAAGAAGCAAAUUCGUCGACAAAUCGCCGCGACCCGUGGUCAGAGGCUUUGGGGCGAGCAGAGGCAGGCCCUUUGGCAGCUGCCAGAGAAUGGGCUCCCGUAGUAGUUAUUUCACUUCUGGGACUCGGUGCACUACAACUUUAUGCGAAUUAUCUUCGUCGAAUACCUGGCGCCGCGUUUGUCCGGCCAUCUUUUUUCAGAUCACGAAGUCUGUUUGGCAGAGUCACGAGCGUAGGCGAUGGUGACAAUUUCCACCUCUUCCACACACCAGGCGGGAGAGUCGUGGGCUGGGGCUGGCUGAGAAAGAUACCUCAUAGCAGGAAAGAACUGAAAGACCGCACGAUUCCUAUCCGUAUUGCUGGCGUUGAUGCUCCGGAAGGAGCACAUUUCGGACGCCCGGCUCAACCAUUUUCCGACGAAGCUCUGCGAUGGCUAUCCGACUAUAUCUUGCACAGAAAUGUGCGAGCUUAUAUAUAUAAACGCGAUCAUUACAACCGCAUUGUCGCGACGGUUUAUGUUCGCCGGUUUCUGCUACGACGAAACGUCGGUCUAGAAAUGGUCAAGAGAGGCCUCGCAACGACGUAUGAGGCAAAAACGGGUGGCGAGUAUGGCGGAAUCAGAUCAGUUUAUGAGAAGGCCGAAGCCGAAGCCAAGAGAAAGCGGAAGGGCAUGUGGUCAGGAAGUCCAAGCCAGUUUCAGAGCCCAAGGGAGUACAAAUCUCAGCACCAACAGAAGUCUGAGAGCUAA